AUGGCUCCCGUCCCGGAGGCCUAUUUUCCGUCCCUGGACAAGUGCUUCUCCGGGGAUGCUCAACUUUUGUCCUGGAGAAGAGCUUUCCUCUACACCAAUGACCCAGAAGGCCACACCGACGAUGGUGGCCAUAUCCAGGCUUUCCUUUCACACCCAGAAAGCAUUCAACAACUGUCGCAAAGCCUGAACUCUUUCACCCGCCCUUCCGCCAAAUCAAAAUCUGAAUUCCAAUCCAAGACUGCUGCGAUUCAUGUGGAAACAAAUUCUAAGAGCUCCUUCGAUCUGAACGAAAUCAAGGCGGACGCCCAAUGGCUCAGCCAGAAUGCCGAACUCGACGAGAUUACCGCUCUGCGACUUACCGUUCUCGAAUGGCAAAAUCGACCUGCAACACGCCUGACCGCGAAUUUUUCCAGCGAGGAAGUAACCAGUGUACAGAGUGCAGCGGGUGCAGACAAACUUAGUGCCUCUGUGGCCGGUCCGAACUUGGCAAACAUCCUCAGACAAGUGGCAGGUGACAAAAGCGGCGGGCUAUUCGACUCAGAAACAAAUCGACGCUUGCGGCUGCGAACAACAUACCUCUCCGAGCGUAGCCACAUGGUCAAAACGUCCCGCAAGCUGCUCGCCAUGUCCCUUAACAGCGCUCCCAGCAAAGCCCUUGCCAACCCGGCCACUGAGAGAAGACUAGCUUUGUGCAAAUUGGGGACUUCCCUAUUCAAAGAGAAAUCUACAGGAAGCUCUUUGAGUAAAUUUCUAGAAGAGUGUAUGGCCGCUAUCCGCAGUCGUCUGACUGACUUAUCUGGAAGUGGUGGUUGGUUGAAUGAAGCUCAGAGCAGUGAGGAGACAGAGAUCCUAUGGAGGAGUUUUCUUGCGGAAGAAAUUGGCCAUAUCCUUCAGGUCAUGUUCCAUCAACUUCAUGCAUCCGCGGAAGUUCCGUCUGGUGACCUCCUACUGUCCUGGCUCAAUCUAAUGUCCGAGUACAACUUCCUAGAAGGUGUGACUGUGCCAUGUCAAAACCCUGUGGAAGUGAUAUUCCCAAUCCAAGCCUUCGUUUCUCUGACAACCUUGACCUUCUUGAAACUUCCUCUUGCCUUUUCCGCAAUCACCAACAGGGCGCAGCCUCCGACGUUCCCGUCGGGCCAAACUGCUUAUUUCCUUUCUAAAGAAAAGGUUUCCCGGAUUAACGAGAUUUUCCUACAUGCCUGCGAGAAUGAUUUGGCUACAGUGAGACCUGCAGCCUUCUCAUGGGGCAUAAUUCUGCAUUCUAUUCAAGAACUGGCUUUGAGUGACAAACAAACUCGAGAGAUGGAGCAAUUGGACAAUGCAGUAGACUCGUUCAACAACCAAAGCAGACGCGUCUCUCGGGGAUCCGAACCCUCGCUUUACGAAGAACUCCUUGAAUGUGCUCGAACGCCACAACACUCUGUCGAUGACACAAUCUAUAUCUUGACAUCGAACGAAAUCAAAGACUUGGCCUUGGAUACAAUGAUGACAUUGUCCCAGAAAGCCGGAUCACUAUCGGCCAUUGACGAUGUUUUGACAUACCAGUGGGUGCGUCUGGCACUGCUUGACCUCCUCAAGGUUGCCGUGGUCUUUUGGGACUAUUCUGCGGAACUUGUGGAGUCGGUAUUGGCAAUACUUACGGACACUUCUAAUGGGCUUUGGCCAAAAUCAGCUGGCCAACUCGGGGCUACGAGCGACCCUAAAUCUCUCUUCAUCAAAGAUGAUGCCUUGAUGGAUCGUGUUUUUCGCAAUGCAAAGUCUCGAUUCCCCUACGAGACUAUUCCGUUCCUGAAGCUUUGUCGCGCUCUGGUGGGCGAGCAUGCGGUAAAUGAAGAUGGCUUGCCUCUGAUAUUUGACGAACUAGAUGGUAUGGAUACAUUCACCCAGGUGGUCCCUCAAGAGUUUUAUGGAUAUCAAACAAUUCGUGAAGAUGAAAACGCCAAUCUUGUGUCGCUCAUUCAAGCUCUACCCAUGUUUGAUGCAGCCAACCCCAACCGCCUUCCAGGGGCUGAUGCUAGUAGUGCUUUGAUCGUGAGAGGAUCAUCUGAAAUCCCAACAGAUACAGUUGGUCAAGUGAUCUCUGAAAGCAAGCCAGCGGUCAUUAUGUGGCGCCACGAAUACUCAUGCUUGAGCCUUUUCGGAAGCUGGCUCGAAGAAUGGAGUGAGAGCGGUGGAUACUCUCCUGGUUGGGAUAUGGAUUCCAGCACAGAGAUCAUCAGUCUGCUUGCCGAUCUUGUGGCUAGUGCUAAGGACCUCCGUCCAAACGAUGCUCCAGGUACCAACGCCAAAAGAAUUCUCGAAAUGGCCAGCGAUGGACUCUCUCGACAGGGUGAUAUUAUCACGGUUGUUUUUGACAUUUUCGAGCGAAAAUUGCAGAGCAUUGGAUCUCAGGGUUCGGCAGACGCACUGGAACUGAUCAUGGCAUGUCUCCAAUUCAUCCAACAGGUUGCCAAAGUUCUUCCGUGCCGUGUGUGGCCGUUCUUAAGCCGCAGCAGCCUCGUUGGAUCCGAUGGCAAGGGCGGCAUGAUGACCGCCAUCGUUUCAGCUACUGAGAUUCCUUCUGGCCAGUAUCCAUUCCUCCUUAGCUGUGUGGAUCUUUUCAAGGCCACUGUCGACGAUGCAGGAUCUCGGGCCGUGCUAAGAAAGAGCCCCGGAAGCGUGUCAGGCAAGUCGACAAUCGCAGUUGACUGGAGUGCUAGUAUUCCAUCGCAUGUGAUGAGAACCAUUCUGCUUAAUUUCACACGUACAAUGGUGGAUAUCUUCAACGGCAAUGGGAACUGGCGUUUUAAUUUCCCUGAAGAGCGACUCCAACUGAAUGCAGCCCUUGCUGGCACUUUUGAUCGGAUUUUGUAUUAUGCCUACGGAAUCAACGACAACGCCAAGCUGGAAUCCAAAAUCACCGGUGUAUUUUCUUCCUCCGCAACCUACAUGCUGGAUAUGCUGCGACCUCGAUCUACCGCUGAUCUGCCUUUCAACCCCCUCCUUCGUUUGAUUUCGGAAGGUCUUCAAACUCCAUCCACCCUUCAUUUCCGCCACCUCGCACUUGUUGAGACCCAGGUCAUCUCUAUCUUGGGGCUCUGUGUGAAACUUGUACAGGCAUCUCGACUGGCAGAUCUACCCAAGUCGCUUUUGGAAGAGCAGCUUUUCAAGGCUGCGCCAGUUUUGGUUAAACUUUAUGCAUCCCACGAUUCGUACCGUUUGCCGGUAGCAAAGCUUCUUGACAUUCUUAUCUCCAGUGCAGCGUCGAAUUCCGAGAGUGAACCUCCAUCUCUUGUUGGUCACCUGGGAGCAGAAUCGUCAUGCAUGUUCCUUGAUGUUCUUUCGCAGCUCGACAAGCCCCUGGGCGACAAGACUCUAUUGCUGUCAGUCUGGCGAUUGUUGUCAACCUUCGUUAGCAAGCGUCAGCAGUGGCUAGCUGUCUUCAUUCUCACUGGCGCGUCUCCCCGCCAGACUUUGAAAAGGUCCGACAAGUCUGGAGAUCCAAGUAUGCGGGGCGUACCAUUCCUGCAGAUGGCCCUCGAUAAGCUUGCCCAUAUUGACCAGGAAGAUCCCGAGGUGGCCUUGGAACUGCUCGAAUUUGUCUCUCGCGCUCAAGAACACUGGCCAUGGGCUACCCCGCAGUUAAAAAACCACUCUCAAUUCCUCACCAGCAUCGUGAAUCAUGUUUCGAAAUUGAGAAUACCGUCCCUGCCCGUGAAAGAUCAAAUAUUCGCAACACGAAUUGCGGCUGUCGUGGCCGACAUUUGCACUGUGUACUUGCACUCUGCGAAAGAAGCCAAUGACCGCAGUUUUGUCAAGACCCUCAUUCCAUUAGUGCAAUGGUAUGCCAAAGAUGCUGUGGAUGUGGAUGCUUACAAUUCUUCCUUGCAUGCGAACUUGAAGAAGAACUUCGAGGCCCGAUACAGCGGCUGCAAGAUCACCGACUUCAAGCGAACCUCACUGGAGACUCGCUCGUUGGGCCGUGAUUAUUAUUACGAUUUAGAUAUGGGGCAAAAAUUACUGGCUUACGACUUCUCUUGGGCGGGAACUCGGGGACAAGGGUUCUCGGGGGAGUUCGAGCGAGCCAACAUUAAUUUAUCGCUCGUUGAAGCACAAGUCAUCCUCCUCAACAGCUGGAAGUUCUUUGCCAUUGAGCAUUGCGCGGAUUUCCUUCAAGACCGCGAAAUCCAGAAGUCGAUGGCUUUGGUAGCACAGCAUUGUCUAGAAGCAAACAGUCAAGGCGUCCCGCCAGAAGUUAUCUUUGAGCGGAUUCAACAAACACGGGUUGACUUCGCCCAAGCUCUCCUGCAACGAUUGGUACAAGUGGGUGCACGAGGAUCCGAGGUAUUCGCUCUGCUUGAGGUGACCUGGAAGGCUUUGCUUGCUCGGCACUCCACAUAUGAGGACGCGCUGAUCAACGACGAUAUCGAGUACUACCGAUGCCUCCUCAAUGUGCUAUUCCUGGCUCUUCAAUUCCAUUUGAAAGGUUCCUCUCGCUCUGCUCCUGUGACACAAAACAAAACCUCCAUCUCUUCCGACCUCACUGUUGUUAUUGAGAUUGUAAAGACCAUCGUUGCACAAGGCUUCAGAUCGCUCACUACUUAUCUGCAUGAAGAACAAGAGAAGUGUAUGCCCAAGGAUUUCGCCAUUCUCAUCGCCAUUCUGCAGAGUGCUUUGCAUGUCAAGGAUGCCGAUCGAAUCUUUGAGCAUAUCACAUACCACAUUCAAGACAAUGACACCGCACGACACGCCACUACGCUGUUCUCUUGGGCCGACCAAAUCCACAUGGCUGGAGAUCCAGUCUACGGAGAGUUAAGUUUGUCCAUCCUUGUCAAGAUGUCGACUAUUCCCACGCUGGCCGAGCACAUGGCCGUGGAGGCUGUUCUUAUGAAAUUAUCAACCUGCCGUCUCACCAAUCUUCUCCGUCAACCUAAAGGAUUUGGACCCUUUGAUCCCGUGCCCAGAAUGUAUGCCAUCUGGACUGCUGGCUUCCUCCCUCUGUGUUUGAAUCUCCUCUUCAAUGUCGUCCGUGCGGCGCCAGAGGUAGCUGCAUUCCUCAAUCAGUUUGAUGGACAGCUUAGCCGUGCGGCUGAAGUUUUCUCUUCUCCUCAUGUCGGCACCUCUUCAACUCCGCAGUCCCAAUGGAUCAGUUUGAGCAUGGCAUCCGAGGCUUAUUCGCUCUCUCUCAUCUCCUUCAUCCUCAAUCAAUACCGCGAGGCAGGCCCCAGUGCUGGUUUGGACUCUCAGUCAAUCCAGAAGCUGAAGUGGGAUCACGCGCAUGUCAAGGAGGACAUCGAGUCUCUGCUUAGCCGCCGACAGGCCCUGCGGACACGCAUUGUCGCUACGAAUGAGAAGGAGGUUGAAUGGUCACGACAGAAGCCAAUCGCGGCGGAUUCUGACUGCACCAACCGAUUGGAAGAGAAGGUUUUGGCUGAAUUGAAUGCGGCGGUGACUUGUUUAGCAGAUGAGGAGGAUUCAUGA